UGACAUGGAUCCUACACCACCUAUCUGCUUUACAUCAAUUGACAAACCCAGAAUAUCCCAAUAUUCCCACCAGCACUGUUAGCCGUCUCAACCCGUUGCUUCUCAAGUGACGUCUUCAGUCUUCUCCCUCCACCCAUCUCAUGUAUCCCAUCUGUAGACUCAGUGGCCCGUGGAAGGGGGUGAUGGCAGCCUGCUGCACCAGCAGCCAGGAGCCAGAGUCGGGGCCCACUGGGCCCUCAUGAAUGGCGUGUUUGAAGAACGACUUGGGAGGGACGAGUGCAUGUUCGAGGUGUCGGGGGAGUAUGGUGCCAAAUCCAAGUGGGAGCUGCUGGUCUUGGUUGGAGGUUCUUGGUUUGUCGGAGCUAAUGAGCUGAUCCCGAGUAAUCGGGGUCUAAUGGGAUAUCCGGGGACACGUAAUCCCGUUAGGGAUUUAGAGCAGGUCGGGAUAAACGUGCGUCACACCUGACAACCGCAGCAGAAAGUGGAUCAGGAGUGGAAAUCAGAGUUUCACAAUCAAGGACUCAGAGAGGUGGAUGUUAGCGACGGAGCGAACGCACUGAUAGGCCUGGUCCUGUAGCUCCGCCCACUGGACCACCUCUCAUUUGACCUUCUGGUUUGCUACUGAAGUGAAGCGGGGAAGGUCCACGUCCCACCCUCAGAAGCAGCUGCGGACAGAUUGAAACGUGAGCACGACACCUGACAAAACCACCUUGCUGUCCUGUGAUCACCUCCCUCUCUACUGCUGCGGAUCCUUGCCGGCCAUGGUUUUCAGCAGCGAGGUCAGUGACCUCUGGGUCUGUUCCCCCCAGCUCUUGAGCGAGCGGCGACUGGCCGGCGGGCCGCUCCAGCGGAAGUGCUUCAUCUUGUACGACCCGUCCUUCUUCUCCAGGCCGGGCCCUUGCAGCCGGUCCUCCCCGGUUGCUCUCCUCUCCUCCCGCACCUCCCACACCGUGUCCUCAGACGGCUCCUCCUCCUUCUCCAGUGCCGCCUCACGCUUGCGGCCGACGGGUUUCCCCCAGCGGAAGUGCUCCAUGGAGUAGGAGCGUUUCUCCUGAGAGGCCGGGGCCGGGGAGAGGUCCAGCUCGGCGGAGGCAGGCUGAAGGUGCGAGUCUCCGGGGAGCAGCGGCUGCUCUUCACUGAGGUCGGAGCGACACAGCUGGGUACAUUCCUGAGGGUGAGAGGAAGACGGAGACGGAGUGUAGCUUCACGUAUGAACAGACUUUGAACACAAGAGAGCAAAGAUAUGACCUGGCACUUGGGAUGGUCCCAGCACUGACUGGCGGCUCCCUUCGCUCCACACAGCAGCAGCACAGCCACCGUCAGCCACGCAGCGCUCAUUCUCCUGUGAACAGCAGAGAAGCAUCGGUCAGAGAGAGUUCUCCCCCUCCAGCAUCACCGCCUGAAUCCACGGAUCCAAGUGUUGGUGACUGAGGAGAGCGACUCAGGCUGGGGAUGAAGCGGGUCGGUAUCAGAGUGAGGGCAGAACUCACCAGACUUGGUUGUUGCCUUGUUUCUUCUCCAUCUGCUGCUCAUCUCACUGCUUUUCAGUUCCAAGACGACUUUAUAGCCAGAGUCAACACGCACGCGCUGCCACCCGUGCACACACACUGGACACACACACACUGGACACACACACACACUGGACACACACACGCUGACGUCAAUCCCAGAAUUCUGUCCAGUUUAAUUGAGACCCUUACAAUUUCCACUGCUCUGAACACCUGCCCCAGACACACACACACACACACACACUGCUGGAUCCUUCUGACCAGCAGCACCAGCAUCAUCAUCAUCAUCAUCAUCAUCAUCACUUUUAUUAUCUCCAGCUCCUCAUCAUCCUCAUCUUCAGCAUCAUCACUGUUAUUACCUCCAGCUCUUCAGCAUCAUCAUCAUCAUCUUCAUCAUCAUCAUCUUCACCAUCAUCAUCAUAAUCUUGAUCAUCUCCAGCUCUUCAUCAUCAUCAACCUAAAUCUCCGACACCUUCAUCCUGGCAGCAUAUGCGUCUGAUCAACACCAACUUUUGCCCUCAGUAUUUUUCUCACAUCUCUGCUCAUCCCCAUCUUCAUCAUCAUCUUCAUCAUCAUCAUCUUCAUCAUCAUCAUCUCCAUCAUCAUCAUCAUAACUUUCAUCAUCUCCAGCUCUUCAUCAUCCUCAUCUUCAUCAUCAUCAUCAUCAUCAUCAUCAUCUUCAUCUUCAUCAUCACUUUUAUUAUCUCCAGCUCCUCAUCAUCCUCAUCUUCAGCAUCAUCACUGUUAUUACCUCCAGCUCUUCAGCAUCAUCAUCAUCAUCUUCAUCAUCAUCAUCUUCACCAUCAUCAUCUUCAUCAUCACUUUUAUUAUCUCCAGCUCCUCAUCAUCCUCAUCUUCAGCAUCAUCACUGUUAUUACCUCCAGCUCUUCAUCAUCAUCAUCAUCAUCAUCAUCAUCAUCAUCUUCAUCAUCACUUUUAUUAUCUCCAGCUCCUCAUCAUCCUCAUCUUCAGCAUCAUCACUGUUAUUACCUCCAGCUCUUCAGCAUCAUCAUCAUCAUCUUCAUCAUCAUCAUCUUCACCAUCAUCAUCAUAAUCUUGAUCAUCUCCAGCUCUUCAUCAUCAUCAACCUAAAUCUCCGACACCUUCAUCCUGGCAGCAUAUGCGUCUGAUCAACACCAACUUUUGCCCUCAGUAUUUUUCUCACAUCUCUGCUCAUCCCCACCUUCAUCAUCAUCAUCUCCAUCAUCAUCAUCAUAACUUUCAUCAUCUCCAGCUCUUCAUCAUCCUCAUCUUCAUCAUCAUCAUCAUCAUCAUCAUCAUCAUCAUCAUCAUCAUCAUCUUCAUCAUCACUUUUAUUAUCUCCAGCUCCUCAUCAUCCUCAUCUUCAGCAUCAUCACUGUUAUUAUCUCCAGCUCUUCAGCAUCAUCAUCAUCACCUCGGCAUCAUCAUCAUCACCCCUGACCACCGACCACCAGGAUCAUAUGGUCCUCGUCCCUCCACGCUGGCUGGAGCCUGGCAGGUGUGUACAGUAACAAAGAGGGGGAUUAGAUGUGAUGAAUCUUUGGAAUUUAAUUUGUCACCCGAGCGUGUCAAAGGCUCUGGGCAUGAAAUGAAGCCUCGCUGGGAUGAAACGGCUCCAGCCAGAACGAAUCCUGACCUUUGCCGCCUCUCCUCGCGGUAAACAUCAUUAACUCUGCUUCGGCUGCAGGAAAUAAUUGCUCCGUUUCAACUGGAUUUGAAGUUGAAGUGAUGUUGCUCAUGGUCUCAGAUCAGUGGGCUCCGACUCUAACUUGUUAAACACCAGUCCAGGGCCAAACAAACUUUUAUUCAUUGAAGUGUCCAUAAGCGGAGCUGCGUUCACAGGAAGUGAGAGUCUCACAGAACCUGUCAUCAGUGGCUACUCUCAUUAUUGGAGGCUAAAUUUCGCAUUCAUGAUCUGCUUGUUUCCAGACAAAGACGUCGGCCUGUUUAUCCACCAAGGCCACCUAAUAACAAGUAUUUCCUCAGUCAAACACACACCAAUAUUUUCCCCUUCACCAUCUUUCACACAGCUCUUUUGAUAUUUUCCAGAUUCAUUGUUUGGGUUUAAGAGACCUGGAGACCUGCUAAGCAAGAGUCUUGUUCGGUGUCGUCCUUUGUAAAUGACGGGAAACAGGGAGGCUCGGACGUGAUCGAAGUUUGGUUGUGAUCCACAGCUUCAUUUGGAGCUGCGGUUGUUCCAAAGAUUUCCCCAUUCAUUUCUAUUAGUCAUGUGACCAGUCGAACCUUUACUGAAAACACUGAUGUAGAAGAAGUUUGUUUCAGUCCUGCGUCAAACAUGCAAUGACAACUCUCCUGUUUCACUGUGGUUUCAGUGGAGCAGAAAGAAGCAGCAGUCUUAUCACUUCUCCUCUCUUCAGUCUGUCAGCUGUCGGUUUUCCCACUGAAAUCCAUUUUGAUUUCCGGAGUCCUGUCGGUGAGCUUCGGUGCAGAUACCUUUACUUGAGUCAUUAGAGCUUUUUUAAAUUCAAACUUGAGAGACAUUGACAUAGCAACAACACAGUCAACACUGUAGAAACAAAAUAAUUAAUAUAAAAAUAAAAAAAAAUACUUAAAUACAUUUUUGAGAUUUAAAAAACGCCCAAUAGUUAACAGUGAUUUAGGGGGAUUAACGUGCUUCUAUCCAGAAUUUUUUAAAAUUACAUUUCCAGCUCAAUCUCAUUUCAUCUCCUUCACCUUGGUUGGUUUGGUCAUGACAUCACAGUGCAUGAUGUGCUGCACCUGGAACUGGUGACAGAGAAUGUUCCCUGUGGAAGCCAGUUUUCAGUAAUUGAUCAAGUGAAGUGAACGUGUUAAAGUCCCAUCCCUAACUGCUGAAUCUGCCGUGGGCGUCACUCGCAGCUUCCUCACCCACCGCGCCCUCACCAGGCGCCUCUGCUCCUUUUGUUGGCCUAAUUUUGAUCCGGUGUCCCGCUUGAAAAGGGCCGCUCUUAAUGGCCUUGCAUAAGUCGGUGUAUCUUUCAGCGGACAAAUCCGAUGAAAUGCAAUCUAUUACUUUCCAGAACGUUGGCGUCCAAUCCCAUCAGAGGAUUAUAAGGAUAAGAUGUCACACCAGCUGCUGGGGAAACACAAACACACAAUCCACCGUCUCCUGACCACAUUUCCUCACACACAUGUAGCAACACAGGACUCGGGCUGCAGAUACUGCUGCUACAACGGCUGCAACGGAUGUUAAGACUGCAGGUUGACCUUAAACAAAGCUUCACCCUUUAGUGUGCGGAGGAUGCCUGCGGACGCUCAUGGAGGGGUGUUGCAUCGUCACCUUCGCCUCAAACCUGCUUCAACAUAUCGGCCUGGCAUGGUUUGACUCUCAGAGUCCGGGUCAUGUGACCUGCAUCCCCUCAUUUUGUCAAACCAGGAAGGACGAGUUGCUUUUGAGUCGAGGAUGAAGAUGUCCAUCUUUCUGUCGCUCGUCCUGCGCACCAGCUUGUGUUUCAUUCCUGGUGCGUUCAGGGACCAGCCACCAGAUGCUCAACACAACAGUUCACACUCAAGCGUUCACAAUGACAACAGCAUCGAGGAUUCCGACUUCAACAUCCACUUGGACACACAAGAAGAUGAAGAGUAUCGGGAGGCAAACCCUCUCUUCCCGGAGCUGAGCAAGGAUAACUACGAGGAUGCUGACUGGCAUCGGCCCAAAUACCUCCAGGAGACCCACUCCGAGUUUGACCCUGAUGCCCCGCUGGUCACUCGCAGCAGUGCUCACUCUGAAAAUAGCCUUAAUAAAAUCCAGCACCAGACUUCAGGACGCCCCCUGGCGACGUGCGGCGAGCACAGCAGCCAACUGUCCGACGGUCAGUGCAGGCUGACGGCAACACUGCCCCCGGUGGGCAAGACGGAGAAGCGCUGCCCGGACAUGUUCCGCUGCACCGACGACAUCUCCUUCUGGCUUCACGAGAACCAGAACCGGAAGGAGCAGCUGACCCAGCUGAAGGAGACUUUGUCAGAGCAGCAGGAGGAGCUGAGGGACCACAGAUACAGAGUCAGCGCCAUCGAGGGACAGGUACGGAAGUGGAAGAGUGAGAAGAGCAAUGUUUCGGACCCCACCCUGGUCCAGCGCCUCCGCGAGCUGGAGCGCCGUCACAGUGAGACCAGCACCUUGCUGCAUGUGCACUCCAUGCUGCUGCAGGAGCUGCAGGUGCAGCUGCAGAACCUCAGCGCCACCAUGCAGCACGUGAGCCGCAGUUGCAUGGUCAACGUGGUGGACGCCGCCGGCUCGCCCAACCAGAGAGACUCACUGGCCCCAGGCGGACAGUACCUGUCUCUCUGCCCGUCUGACUGUGCGUCGCUCUUUCACAACGGCGUCCGUCGCUCCGGAGUCUACACCAUUGUCCUGUCGCCGGGCGUCACCUCAUCGGUUUACUGCGACAUGGAGACCGAAGGCGGUGGCUGGACCGUCUUCCAGCGCCGGAGUAACGGUUCCCUCAGCUUCAACCGCGGAUGGUCGGAGUACCGCGACGGCUUUGGGGAGCCGCAUGGAGAACACUGGCUGGGGAACCAGCAGCUUCACCAGCUGACCAGCAAGGGUCGCUACGGCCUUCGGAUCGACAUGGAGGACUGGAGCAACGCCCACAAACACGCCCUCUACAGGAGCUUCAGCAUCGAAGACGAGGAGAACCGGUUCCGCCUGCAUGUGUCGGGCUUCAGCGGGACCGUGGAGGACUCAUUCGGCUGGUACCACGACCGGAGAAGCUUCAGCACGCCGGACACCGGCGACAUCUGUGCUGAGAUCAGCCAUGCCGGCUGGUGGUUCCACCAGUGCUUCUACGCCAACCUCAACGGAGUCUACUACAAGGGGGGGCACUACACCCUGAAGGCCGAGAACGCCUUGGGCCCGGACGGAAUGGUUUGGUUUUCUUGGAAGGAUUCCGACUUUUACUCUUUAAAAAGUGUUUCUAUGAUGAUCAGACCUCGCGACUUCAGGACCCGGCCGUCGCCGUGAUUGUCGGUGCAGUGACACGUUUGGCCUCCGGAGGGCGCUACGAUAGCAAUGAAAGCUGAAGAUUUCCGGACGUUUUGUUUUGCUGGUUCUGUUUUUUAUUUAUUUUAAAACAAUUUUGUUUCGCCUCUGCUUCCUUCACUGUGCUUUUUUUUUACUUCUCGAUGCCAAAUAUUCAGAGUUUAAAGCAAAAGAAACAUUGAAAAUUGUGAUUCAAUAAAGUUUGCAGCAGAUUUUUUAUUUUAGUUGUGAUGCUCUCUUCUCAAAUCUCUCAAUGAAGCCCCUGGUUUGUAAAUGGGCAAGUUUGAUAUUUACUCUGUAAACAUGACUCAUGAAAAACUAAACUUAUGCAAUGUUGUCACGCUUUUUGUACUGUCAAUUAAAACUCUUCUUGUUCUUUACCUGUUCGCAUGAGUCAGAUUUGUGAGCCA